GUCAUCCACAAAAAUUACUUGCUGUGGCCUUAUCAUGAAAAUAAGACGAUUUCCCUCUACAUCCCCCCUCCCCACUACUUUUCGACAAAAGACAAGAUUUAACCCCAAAAACAGGAAGUUCAAAUGAGAUUAACUGAACUUCCUGUACGUGAGUCACAGUCGGCCCACUACUACGGAACAGAUCUUUUCUCGGAAAGCAUGAUAACAGAUUGCUUCUUCCCACCAAGAGGACUCAUUUACACUACCCAGACUGUUCAGCGUAAGACAAUAUAUUCGCGCCUUGCCACCAGCGGGGUGAAAUUACCCUAUUUUCCGCUUACAUUAUACUCACGAGCCGCUACGGGGAGGUUCAACGUAUUGUGGAUUAUAGGAAGAACAAUUCCUGACUUCAAUCGUUCGUGGGAAUGUCACCAGUUGGGACCAGUGCUUUUUGUGUUUACCUUGGAACUGUUAGCCUGGGUACCGAACCUUUGGUCGGCUUGGCGGUAAUUUUUCGGCCUGUAAUACCAAGCACAGGCGAGUUAUGCCACGGACCUAUCUCCAGCUGGUUUCCCUGUAUCCGCUGACUUCCUGUAUUACGCUUAGUCUUCUUUUGCCGCCGACCGAAGAAAGCUAGCCUGGUUGGCGGCCCCAAACGCUCUCGGCGCCGAAAGGAUAGCGCUGAGCUCACGGUGGUCUGGUUAACCAGGCUAUGGAACUGUAUGCACAGUGGUGUAGACGGUAGAAGGAUCUUGUUGUAGAGAUCUAUUUGGGUCGACAAGAUGCAAGCAAGCUGGCGUCCAUGCCUGGUACUGCUGACAUCCGCUCUAGUCGCCAUGUUCAGAGGAAGCUCGGGAAACGUUACCGAGAAAGAUCUACUUGACCGACUGGUGACCGGGUACAGAACGGACGCACGGCCGGUGAAGAAGAGCUCUGCUCCCGUCAGAGUUACCAUUAAUGUCGCCUUAGCACAACUGCUGGACGUGAAUGAUCGAGAUCAACAGAUUGAAGGAAUAAUGUGGAUGAGACUGUAUUGGACAGAUGAAUAUCUAGUAUGGGAUCCAGAUGACUAUUGCGGUCUUGAGGCUGUUCGGAUGCAGGGAGGCAGCAUUUGGAGACCUGACAUUGUUCUUUAUAACGGUAUCGUCCAGAAAGGCUUCGCCGAACUGCCUGACACAAAGGUGACCAUCACGGCUAACGGCUCGGUGACGUAUCUCUACCCGUUCACGUUCAAGGCUUCGUGCAAAAUCAACGUCAUAGACUUUCCCUACGACACACAGAAGUGCCCCUUCAAGUUUGGGUCGUGGACCUACGACGCUCAUGCCAUCGAUGUCACCAACAUGUAUUCAGAAGGUGAUCUGUACCAGUACAAAAAGAACGGAGAAUGGGACGUGAUCAAGUUUGUGGCUAAGAGGAACGAAGUAAAAUACAGCCCCUCGGAUGUACCGUACGUUGACGUCACUUAUACGCUGGCCAUUGAACGACAGCCGCUGUUCUACAUCUACCACAUCUUCGCACCAUGCAUCGUCAUUCUUCUAAUAAGCUUGCUGAGCUUCAGCAUUCCGCCAGAUUCCGGUGAGAAACUGUCUCUGAGCAUCACGAUGCUGCUGUCUCUGAUCGUCUACAUGCACAUGGUCAUAGUGUCUCUGCCGGCAACGUCAAACUACAUCCCUCUAAUAGGUACUUUCUUUGGCAUCAUCAUCCUCGUCGUCGCCAUGUCCACCAUUUUGAGCAUCCUCACCAUCGCGCUAAACUUCACAUACACAACCACCAAGCCGCCCUACUGGCUCAAACAGCUACUGGGGUUGACAGAAAAGUCCUGCUGGCUUGACUGUCUGUUCUGUGGCUGUGUUAGGCUGGCAAAACAGUAUCAACUUGACAGAUACAGUGAGAGGGAAAUACAUCAGAGAGCAGAGUACUACUGUAACACAUCUGCAGAGGAAUUCGCCAUGUUGCCUUCACAGAUGAACAUUGAAGACAAUUCUGGCAAUGGGAAGCAAGGCCACUUUCGUGAACAGUUAGAGAACAGUGAAGAACUUUUGCCCAAGCUUGAUGGAGUCGUCAACAAACUGGAAGCCUGGAAACAGGAUCAACUCAAGCAUACGAAGAAAGAGGCUGUGUCGAACGAGUGGAAAACUGUAGCAUCUAGACUGGACCGAGUUUUUCUGCUGAUAUUUCUUGCUGCAUGUGUAAUAGUCAGUUGCACUAUGACAUAUGUAACGUAAAG